AAAUUGAGAUAUUAGAGUAAAAUAUUUUAUUUAAUCAAUAAUAGUAAUAACUUAUCAAUUUAUAAAUAAAUAAAUUAAAAAAUAUCUCUUUUUUUAGAAGAUUUUCUUGAGCCUAAACUUGUAACUUAGUUUUUAAGAUAGACAUUUUUAAUUAAUAAAUUAUUUAAACAAACAAUUAAUCUUUUUAUAAAAAUAAAUUAAUAUCUCAAAAAUUCAUUUAUUUUAGAUAUAAAUUAUAAUUUCACAUAAGUAUCAAAAAUAGUUAAGUUAAAAUUAUUUAUAUUAAUAAAUAUCAAGUUUUUAAUUAAAUUAUUGAAAAAAUGUUUAUUAAUAAAUAAUUUUAUUUUUGAAAAGAUUUAAAAUAUAAUAUUAUUUUUAUAACUAAAACGUAAACAUGCAUAGAUAAUUGAUUUCAACGAAUAUUGA